AUGUCGAAUCUUGCAGGGCUAAGGGACAGCUCGAACCUCUUAGGUAAGAAGAACAAGCUUCUGGUAGCUAACAGAGGUGAAAUUCCAAUUCGUAUCUUCCGUUCGGCGCACGAGCUGUCGAUGAAAACCGUGGCCAUCUACUCUCACGAAGACAGACUCUCAAUGCACCGUCUAAAGGCCGAUGAAGCUUACAUGUUGGGGCCACAAGGCAAACAUACGCCUGUUGGUGCAUACUUGGCUAUUGACGAAAUCAUCCAGAUCGCCAAGGACCACGCAGUGGACUUCAUCCAUCCAGGUUACGGGUUUUUGUCUGAGAACUCUGAAUUUGCUCAGAAAGUGACUGACGCUGGUAUCACCUGGAUUGGACCUUCUUCGCAAAUCAUUGACUCUGUUGGUGACAAAGUUUCGGCCAGAAACCUUGCAGCACGCGCCAAUGUGCCCACAGUUCCAGGUACCCCAGGUCCUAUCGAAACCGUCGAGGAAGCCCAGGCUUUUGUCGCUGAAUACGGAUACCCAGUCAUCAUCAAAGCUGCCUUUGGUGGUGGUGGUAGAGGUAUGAGAGUUGUCCGUGAAGGUGACGAUAUCUCCGAUGCUUUCCAACGUGCCACUUCAGAAGCCAAAACAUCUUUUGGCAACGGAACCUGUUUUAUCGAAAGAUUCUUGGACAAGCCAAAACAUAUCGAAGUUCAACUUUUGGCCGAUAGUUACGGUAACGUUGUUCACUUGUUCGAGCGUGACUGUUCCGUGCAGAGAAGACAUCAAAAAGUUGUUGAAGUGGCGCCCGCCAAGACUUUAUCUAAGGAACUGCGCGAUGCUAUUUUGACCGACGCCGUCAAAUUGGCCAAAGAAGCUAACUACGUAAAUGCUGGUACCGCCGAGUUCUUGGUCGACAAUCAAAACAGACAUUACUUCAUCGAGAUCAACCCAAGAAUUCAAGUCGAACACACUAUUACUGAGGAAAUCACCGGUAUCGAUAUUGUUGCUGCGCAAAUUCAAAUUGCAGCUGGUGCUUCUUUACAACAGCUAGGUCUGUUGCAAGACAGAAUAACCACUAGGGGGUUUGCCAUUCAGUGCCGUAUCACAACUGAAGAUCCUGCCAAGAAUUUCCAGCCCGACACUGGUCGUAUCGAAGUCUACCGUUCUGCCGGUGGUAACGGCGUCAGAUUGGAUGGUGGUAACGCCUACGCGGGCUCCAUCAUUUCUCCUCAUUAUGACUCUAUGUUGGUCAAAUGCUCCUGUUCGGGUUCAACUUACGAGAUUGUUCGUCGCAAAAUGUUGCGUGCCUUAAUUGAGUUCAGAAUCAGAGGCGUCAAGACAAACAUUCCUUUUUUGCUAACGUUGUUGACAAACCCUGUUUUCAUCGAUGGAAGCUACUGGACUACUUUCAUUGAUGACACUCCUGAGCUUUUCAAGAUGGUUUCCUCACAGAACCGUGCUCAAAAGCUGCUGCACUACCUAGCGGAUCUAGUCGUGAACGGCUCUUCUAUCAAGGGCCAAGUAGGCCUACCAAAGUUGCACACUCAACCAACCAUUCCUGUUCUUGGGGACGCUCGCGGAAACAUUAUCGAUGUUUCGACUCCACCUCCUGCUGGUUGGAGACAAGUUCUCUUAGAACAAGGUCCUGCCGGUUUUGCUAAACAAGUUCGCGCCUUCAACGGUACGCUAUUGAUGGACACUACUUGGAGAGACGCUCAUCAAUCGCUACUGGCUACAAGGGUCCGUACCUAUGAUUUGGCUGCGAUUGCUCCAUCCACUGCACAUGCAUUGGCAGGUGCCUUCGCUUUAGAAUGUUGGGGUGGUGCAACUUUUGACGUUGCUAUGAGAUUCUUGCACGAGGACCCAUGGGAACGUUUGAGACUAUUGAGAAAACUAGUUCCCAAUAUUCCAUUUCAAAUGUUGUUACGUGGUGCUAAUGGUGUGGCUUACUCUUCUUUACCUGACAAUGCAAUUGACCAUUUCGUUAAACAAGCUAAGGAGAACGGUGUUGACAUCUUUAGAGUUUUCGAUGCUCUUAACGAUUUGGAGCAAUUGAAGGUCGGUAUCGAUGCUGUCAAGAAGGCUGGCGGAGUGGUUGAGUCCACGAUAUGUUAUUCAGGCGAUAUGCUCCAGCCUGGAAAGAAAUAUAAUCUAGACUACUACCUCGAGAUUACUGACAAGAUUGUUGCCAUGGGUACGCAUUUCUUGGGCAUUAAGGAUAUGGCCGGUACUUUGAAACCAUCUGCUGCUAAGUUGUUGAUUGGCUCAAUUAGAGCCAAGUACCCUGAUCUACCAAUCCACGUACACACUCACGAUUCUGCUGGUACUGCUGUUGCUUCGAUGGCGGCAGCUGCUUUUGCCGGUGCUGACGUUGUUGACGUUGCUACCAACUCUAUGUCUGGUUUGACUUCCCAACCAUCGAUCAAUGCCUUGCUUGCAUCUUUGGAUGGCGAAAUUGAGACUAAUGUGGAUGCUGAUCUAGUGCGUGAGCUCGACGCCUAUUGGGCCCAGAUGAGAUUGCUGUACUCGUGUUUCGAGGCCGACCUCAAAGGCCCAGAUCCAGAGGUCUACAUUCACGAAAUUCCAGGUGGUCAAUUAACAAAUCUACUUUUCCAAGCUCAACAAUUGGGUCUUGGUGAAAGAUGGGCUGAAACUAAAAAGGCUUACAGAGAUGCGAACUACUUGCUCGGUGACUUGGUUAAGGUCACUCCUACAUCGAAGGUUGUGGGAGACCUUGCGCAAUUCAUGGUCUCGAACAAACUAACUCCAGAUGACGUUAAACGUUUGGCCUCGUCACUCGACUUCCCAGACUCCGUUAUGGACUUUUUCGAAGGAUUGAUUGGUCAACCUUACGGUGGCUUCCCUGAGCCUUUGAGAAGCGAUGUCUUGAAGAACAAGAGAAGAAAGUUGGUAGGCCGUCCAGGAUUAGAACUCAGCCCAUUCGACUUGCCUAGGAUCAAGGAAGAGCUACAAGACAGAUUUGGUGACAUCGAUGAAUGCGACCUUGCUUCCUACAACAUGUAUCCAAAGGUGUACGAAGACUUCCGUAAAAUCAGAGAACUCUACGGUGAUCUGUCGGUGCUACCAACCAAGAAUUUCUUGUCACCACCUACUGUUGGUGAGGAAAUUGUUGUCACCAUUGAAAAGGGUAAAACUUUGAUUAUCAAGCCUCAAGCUAUCGGUGAGCUGAACAAAGAAACUGGUUACAGAGAGGUUUACUUCGACUUGAACGGUGAAUUGAGAAAAGUUUCCGUUCUUGACAAGUCUCAAAAAAUCGAAUCUCUUUCGAAGCCAAAGGCUGACGCCCACGACCCUCAUCAAGUUGGUGCCCCAAUGGCCGGUGUUGUUAUUGAGGUGAAGGUGCACAAGGGGUCCCUGGUUAAGAAGGGUCAACCUGUAGCUGUUCUAAGUGCUAUGAAGAUGGAAAUGGUUAUUUCUUCUCCAAGCGAUGGUCAAGUGAAGGACGUCAUGGUGAAGGAUGGUGAAAACGUGGAUGCCUCUGAUCUUUUGGUUUUAUUGGAGGACUCAGUCCCACCAAAGGAAUAA